GGUUACCGCUCAAAAAAUCUUCUUGGAACGAAUGAGGAAAUAAUGUGGUACAUGACAAUCAAUAUUCCAUUCAAAUACGCACCAGUAAACAAGAUGGCAAACUCAGAUAAGGAUAUCUCCUACUCUGACCUUAAGGCCCUCCUGACCAAGAGCAACAAGGGUCUUCUGGUGGUUGAUGUAAGGACAAAAGAGGAGGUAGACAGAGGACACAUUCCAGGAUCAAUCCAUAUUCCAGUUGAUACAGUGGAGAGUGCCCUAGCGCUGGACCCUGCUGAGUUCCAGGCCAAGUACGGGGUGCCCAAACCCCCCCUGGAUACCCCUGAGCUGGUGUUUCACUGUCAGAUGGGCCGGCGAGGAGGCGUGGCCACAGACAAGGCACGAGGCCUUGGAUUCCAAAAGGCCGUCAACUAUGCCGGAGGAUACCAGGAGUGGUCUGAGAAAGAGGGGUGAUAAGUUGCACGAUUAGCCUGCAUUAUGAAAGCAGAGCAUAAAAACGCACAAAUGAUGCUCACAUUGUGCUGAAACAUAAAAUUACUAGUAUAUUUGUUAUAACAUUUUUCAUCACUUGCCUUUUUGUAGCUUUUAUUUGUUAUUACAGAUGUGUUCUAUAUGUUUUAAAAUAAAGAAUGUAUCAUUAUUCUUUUUCACCGUGUUUUCCCAUAGAGCUCCACUUUUCCCAUCUUCUACCUCUACCAUGGCUGUAGGCUUGCACUGCUUAUUACCUUCAGUAAGAGUUUCUUCAAACCCGUACUGCUGAAGCUGCACUGUGGCACAUAGGGCUUAUCCAGGUGAUGCACAUCUACAUCCCAUAGACAUAGAGGGGAAACCCCCGGGUUUGCCUGAUGGUUGAAAUGAGUCCGUUAUCGUACAUGUUGUGUACCGUAGACGGGUGUGUGCCUUUCCAAAUCAUGUAGUGUGUGUGUGUGUGUGUGUGUGCAUGAUGGAUCAAAUCUCUCUGUUUGACCUGACAAAAAUGUAUUCAUCUUGUUAAAAAUCAUUAAAAUUGGUUUCUUUAGUUGGA